AUGUCCAAACUGUUGGCAUUUGUUUUCAUCUGCAUUGCAAAUCUCAUACAGUUAAAGCUCGAUUUAGUAAUAUUUGAUUUAGUAAUAAUCGUGAUUUAUCACAUAGAGCAAAUCUACAAUAUUGUUAAAAAACAUAUGCAGAAGUGUAUUUACUGCUUAACUAGUGUCGGUGUUACAAUUAUGACAUCAACUUUAGUACUUUCUACUAAUUUAGCUCCAUAUCGCUAUGACACAGUUUACCCAGCAAUGAUAGCUACUAUGCUAUCCCAAUAUGAAUAUGUUCUUAUAUGUGAUAAAUCCAACAUCCAAGUGUCUGGAUCACCACAGUAUUAUUAA